GGUUGUUGUUCUAAGCAACUGGCUUGAACCAGAGAACAUUGCAGUGAUAAGACUCGCUUGCACCGAGAAUAAGAGGCCAUUAAAAGAAUUCAAGUCAUAUGGCUCUUUUUAACCGCUACUUCUAGUCGGGCAUAUCAACUCUAGCCAUACUCGUCAUUCUUCGUGAUCGCACACGACUUUCGGUUUCCUGUACCGGAAAUUUAAAUAAAUUUCAUGAGCAUUUUUUUUUUUUCAACCUGUCAAUGGUGCUGCCUUUGUCAUCUUUCUCAGAAAAAACUCUUCUUAUCUAAUCUUCUCUUGAGUAGACAACAAAGUCAUCGAAACUCACCAAAAUGUCCGAAGAAUUCAAACCAAUCAGUGAGAAUAUUUCUGCUUCCUCGUCAAUACAAGUUAAUCCAUAUGGUCCUCAUCCUGGGGAUUUUCUUUCUAAUGUCGGUAAUUUCCAAUUGAUUGAAUCUACUCUUCGUGAAGGUGAACAAUUUGCCAAUGCAUUUUUCUCCACCGAAACCAAGAUUGAAAUAGCCAAGGCUUUGGACGAUUUCGGGGUUGAUUAUAUUGAAUUAACUUCGCCAGUCGCUUCCGAACAGUCUCGUCGUGAUUGUGAAGCCAUUUGUAAAUUGGGCUUAAAGGCCAAGAUUUUGACUCAUAUCAGAUGUCACAUGGAUGAUGCCAGGGUUGCCGUUGAAACCGGAGUUGAUGGGGUCGAUGUUGUCAUUGGUACUUCUCAGUUCUUGAGAAAAUUCUCCCAUGGUAAAGAUAUGAACUAUAUUGCCCAAAGUGCCAUUGAAGUUAUUGAAUUUGUUAAAUCUAAGGGUAUUGAAAUUAGAUUCUCUUCAGAAGAUUCGUUUAGAUCUGAUUUGGUUGACUUGUUGAACAUUUACAGAACUGUUGACAAGAUCGGUGUCAACAGAGUCGGUAUUGCCGACACUGUUGGUUGUGCUAAUCCAAGACAAGUUUAUGAAUUGGUUCGUACUUUGAAAUCCGUGGUUAAUUGUGAUAUCGAAUGUCAUUUCCAUAAUGAUACUGGGUGUGCCAUUGCUAAUGCAUACACUGCAUUAGAAGGUGGUGCUCGUUUGAUCGAUGUCAGUGUUUUGGGUAUUGGUGAACGUAAUGGUAUUACUCCAUUGGGUGGUCUUAUGGCUCGUAUGAUUGCUGCUGACCGUGAUUAUGUAUUGUCUAAAUAUAAGGUUCAUAAGUUGCGAGAUAUUGAAAACUUGGUUGCGGAAGCCGUGCAAGUGAAUAUUCCAUUCAAUAAUCCAAUUACCGGGUUCUGUGCAUUCACUCACAAGGCUGGUAUUCAUGCCAAGGCUAUUUUGGCCAACCCAUCUACUUAUGAAAUCUUGAGUCCUGCUGAUUUCGGGUUAACUAGAUAUAUUCAUUUUGCCAACAGAUUAACUGGUUGGAAUGCUAUCAAGUCAAGAGUUGACCAAUUGAACUUACAUUUGACUGAUGAGCAAUGUAAAGAAGUUACUAAUAAAAUUAAGAAGUUGGGAGAUGUAAGACAAUUGAAUAUUGAUGAUGUUGAUUCUAUAAUUAAGGAUUUCCAUGCUGAUUUAACCACCCCUAGAGUAAGACCAACCACUCAUGAUCAAGGAUUACCAAAGAUCCCACAUACAUUAGAAGAACUUGACGAACCAGAAGAAAAAAGAACAAAGACUAAUUAGUUGUAUGUAUAUUUAUAUAUAAAAUUAUUUCUCUUUCAGUAUUGAUAUAUCUAAAUUUUGCAAUAAUAAGCACAUUGAAGCUACUCCAAAUAAUAUGCUCAUUGUGAUACAUAUCUUGAACGAUUUGUAGUUUUUCCCGGAUUGAACGGUUACUCCGUUUCUAGAAUCUAUAAAGUAUAUGACUAAUGCCGCCGCUAGAUUGAUGAUUGAAAUCAUCGUGAAUAUUAAUUCAAGGUGGGUGUACAUGAUGUAUUAUUGUAUUAAGAUGUAUGAGUGAGAAUGUAUUGGUGAUUUUAGGGUAAGUUAUCUAGGGGUUAAAAGUAGUGGUACAAGGAAGGGUUCUAUUCUAUAUGUUUAUUCGUAAAAGGUUCGUGAUAAAUAUUGUUGUUACUAGUUAAGUUGUAACGUGAAACAGGAUGCUGAAAGUGUUGGUUUUACUUGAGAUCAUUUAGGGUGAUGUAUGGUGAAUGUAGAUGGAAGAAAGAAGGUGAUGGGAUGAUGUUGUAUAAUUUGUAUAAUUUGAAGAUGAGGUUGUAACCAGGAGAUUUUGUGUAAGUUUUGUACGAAAGACAACACAAUUAAGGCAACGUGGGAACAAUAAUGUUAGCAAUCUAAAUCGUAUGUAAUGGUAAUUUCUAAAGACAAUCUCGAUAUCCUCUUAUACAACUCCUAUUAGUCGCUUCAGUUCAUUGGACAAGGAAUAAGUUUGAUCUUUGAAGAAAAAUUUCCUGGCAAAACCUU